AUGAUACCCUCCCGCGAGCUUGUGCCCCCCUUGAUCGUCGCCACGCUGGCGCUGACCACUAUCGCCGCCGGCCUGAGGUUGUACGUGCGACUGUUCAUAACGAAGGCAGCCGGGCUCGACGACUGUGCCCUGGUGUUCGCCUUUAUCCUGCUCGUGCUUUACUGCGCCACGACGUGGGUGGCCAUUGCUGAAGGCUAUGCCGCAGACGACCCGGCGGAUAUCCGCGACCCAGUUCUGGCGAUAAAGUUCUUUGUCGGCUCGGGAAUCUUGUACAUCCUCGGGCUCUGCUUCACCAAGCUCAGCUCGGCGCUGGUCCUCUACCGGCUGGCCACGACGCACCGGUCCAUCCAGUGCCUGCUCGCCGUCGCCGGAAGCGUCAUCUUCAUCUGGAGCGCCGUGGCGUGCUCGCUCAUCGCGCUCCAGUGCCGGCCGCUGUCGAUAGUGUGGGGCGAGACGCCCCUGAGCGAGGGCACCUGCGUGUCGCCCGACGCCCUCUCGGACCUCGUUAUCUCCAUAGCAGCCAUGGACAUCGCCUCGGCCUUCAUGUUCGCCGUCUUGCCCGUCUUUCUGCUGCACAGGGUCCAGCUCGCGUCGAGCACAAAGAUCUCCGUCAUCAUCCUGCUGAGCCUGGGCACCCUGACCUCCAUCAUCACGGUGCUCAGGAUGAAGCGCACGCUCGACAUCGCGGCGCUGGCCGACGGGCACGGCCACGAGGCCGAGGAUCUCUAUAUGGAACUAUAUGCCUAUACCAUCCCAGAAAUUGGACUGGCCCUGUUCACGGCGACGAUUGUGGCUCUGCCCCCGCUCAUCAAGUUGUUAUUCCAAGGAGGGCUCGAGUCCUCACGCGGAUCGAAGCCGAGGGGGGCGCCAAGAACCCGGGCGAGCGGGGAACCCGGCAUUUCUUUGUAUAGAAGGACAGGUCGGAGCGAUGAAUUUUGGGCCGGUAGUGAGGAGAAUAUCAUAAGCGAUGGAGGUGCGACCGAACGAGGUAACCAUGGAGCCAGAUACCUAAAUGUCUAA